AAUUUGCCACUCAGUUUGCGUUACGGACUGAGGCUGUCAGCAGCAGCAGGUCACCGCCGAACUGUAAGAAUCCCGCACUUAUCUACCUCUGCUUUUGGAGCGCUGAAGUAUUUCUGGUCGCCGUUGAACUUCCCAGAGGACUUUUUAAACUUUUUUUUUGGAGUCUUUCUUAUUUUGGGGAUUUUAAUGAAGAAAAUCAUGUUGGGGAAUUGGCCGGUCGUCCUGUUGAUUGUGUUGUGUUUGAUUGGCGUGCUGGAGGCUGACGAGUGCACGCCGUGUCACCUCCGGACCUGUCCCGUCAAGACGACACGAGGCUGCGACGACGGCCGGACCCCGGCCAAGGAUCCAUGCGGAUGCUGUGAGCACUGUGCCCGGCUUGAGUGGGAGCCGUGCGGCGGACAGGACUGGAGCCUCGGCUACUGUUCCCUUGGGCUGACCUGCGCCUCUUUUAACUCCACAGAAGCUGCCGUCAUCCCUGAAAUUGGUGUUUGUAAGGAUCUUCCAGAUAAUCCAGAGGCCGGUCUUGAGGAUGAGCGAUGCCCCCUAAUGACAGGCUGUGAAAGAGCAGACGAUCAGUGUGUUUGUGAUGCCAGACACUCCUGCUUGGGCUUUUUCACCUACCCAGAUCGGGAAGCUUGCAUGAAGGCCCAUUCAGAGGGUCGGAACCACGAACGACACAAGCAGAAGUAUGUGGGACCGUCACGUCCGGCCUGUAUGUUUUCUGGAUGUAACUUGACCACUGAUGGCUGUGUGUGCGAGUCUCAGAGCUGCAGCCACCACUUCACCUACAUCAACCGCAGCCAGUGCCAGGAAGCCGCAGAAGAGCUAAAAUGUGCCCGAGUGACCUGCACUGCUGUCCAGGUUCCUUCCUGCCCCAAAGGCUCUGUUUUGACCAAGAGCUAUACCCCCCCUGCUGGUUGCUGCCCUUCUAUCUUACCGCAGUGCACCUGUGACCUCCGGGCCUGCCAUUAUCCCCAGUGCCCAAGUGGUCAGCGUGCUUUGCGGCUCAGUAAGGCCAGCGGUCAGCCUGGCGACUGCUGUGAUGUCGUCGAAUGCCAGAAAGUUUCCCCAAAGUGUGUUCACAACGGGAAGGAGUUUUCUGAUGGGGACGUGUAUCGCAUGAACCCCUGCUGGUUGUGUCAGUGCCGGGGAGGAAUCUCCUUCUGUUCCAAGGCUGAGUGUGCCGAGCUUGACUGUGAGAACUUCUACAUUCCUGAGGGCGAGUGCUGCCCUGUCUGCAUAGAUGUGGAGUUACUGUCAGUGGACAGCACAAAGGCCAGCUGUUGGGUGAACAACAAGCUGCGUGCCCACGAGGAGCAGUGGAAAGAGGACGACUGCACCUUCUGCCAAUGUGUGGAUGGUGAGCCGCACUGCACCGCCAUGGCCUGCAAACAAAGCUGCCAGAAUCCUGUCAAGAUACCCGGAGAGUGUUGCCCCUUCUGCGAAGAGCCUUCCUAUGAAACAGUCAGCCCCAUGCUGUGUCCUCCUCUGGAAAACUGCAGUCUGUCUGAGAAGGAUUGUCCUUAUGGAUUCUAUCAAGACACCAAUGGAUGUCUUCUCUGCCAAUGUCUCAAAAAUGGCUCCUGCCCUGACCUGGAAAAAUACUGCUCCCUGCAAUGCUCAAUGGGAUACGCGAGGGAUGACUUUGGCUGUGAGGUGUGUGAGUGCAGCACUCCCGUGCCCAGGUGCCGACCUUUGACCUGCACCAAGACCUGCCCCUAUGGAUAUAUUCGCAACAAGCACGGCUGUGAAAUGUGUCGCUGUGUCAAGUGUCCCCCCUUCACCUGUGACAAGCACUGCAGUGACGGCUACAGGCAGAACAAGAAGGGCUGCUCGAUCUGCAUGUGUAAAGUGAGUUCCCAUAGCCCCAGCACCACCGCCUCCGUUCCAUUUCCCAGCUUUUGCUUUACCUCUAACGGCUACCGAUACGAGGAAGGGGAAAGCUGGCACGAUGGCUGCCGCGACUGCUACUGUCAUUCUGGAAGAGAGAUGUGUGUGCUGAUAUCUUGUCCUGCGCCCAGCUGCUCUCAUCCUGUAGUGAAGCCUGACCAGUGUUGUCCAACUUGUGAAGACGAGUCAGGUAGCGGUCUGCCCGAGGGGAUGGACAUGGUGGUGUGCAGAGCCCCUGGAGGGGAGUUCUAUGUGGAGGGAGAGACCUGGGAUCUGGAUGAGUGUACCCGCUGCACCUGCAGGCAGGGACGCGUCCUGUGCGACACUGAAGUGUGCCCCCCGGCUCUGUGCCAGACACCCACCAAGAACAAGGACACCUGUUGUCAUGCAUGUCCCGAUGAGACGCAGAGUCCGCUGCUGCCAGUGAACACCAGCCAACAGGAGUACUGCAUCACCAGCGAUGGAGACGUGCUGCUGGCGGGAGACUCCUGGAAGACCAACGCUUGCACCAGCUGCACCUGCAACAACGGCACCAUUCAGUGUUUUUCCCAGCGUUGCCCGUCUGCCAACUGCAGGGUGCCCGUCUUACGCAAGGGCCAGUGUUGCCCGCACUGUCUCGAAAUGACAACAUCUGCGGCAGUCUUGCUGUCGACCGUCACCCCGAAAACGAUGGUCACGACAAGCGUGCAGCGAGCUGAUAGGAACGACGCCGUCACAGAACCGACUGUUGUUGCCGACACAGAUAAGACGAUGUUGGGUGACAAUUACCCUAACCAAUCAGAGAUGGCUCUCAUCUACCAAUCAGCUGCAUGGAUCCUGGCAGGUCUCCUCCUGGCCAUCAUUGUCUUCCUCAUUGUGGCUUUGCUCAUCAACAAGAAAAAGAAGUGGGUGCAGAUGUCCUGCUACAGUGCACCAAAGAAGACCGUUAUUCUCAAGCACGUCAACAAGAACUCGGUGGUCUACAUGGAGCCCUCCAAGGAGAACAAGUUUCAGAACGUGAAGAACGACUGCGGCAUCCAUUUCUCCCCUGAGAUGAGUUCUCCCUGCACAGACAAGAUGAUCAUCCCCAGAGCCAAGCUGGCCAACAACUGGACGGCGCGCUAACACCCGCCGUCAGCACCAUCUCCCGCUGUUUCCAUGGUGAUUUGUGCAUGGACGCACACACUCCACGGAAGCAGCUCCCGACCUGCGCUUCUCUCUGUGACUGGAAGAAGCAGAGUAAAGCCACACUUGAAGUGUUUGGACCAUAGCCAGCAUGGACAAUGAGAUGCUGAGGACAUCUUGUCUCUCUGCUUUGCUCUGAUCACUGAGGCUCCUCAGUCAGACUUCAAACUUUGUGACCUUAUCGCUUGUUUUUGCCUCCUUUUUGGACAAGAAAGGGAGAGGAAAAGCUUUAGGGUGGGGGGCUCCAGCUUAAAAAAGUUUACAGGACGCUGCCCCUUCGCUUCAUGGAUGUUGUCUGGAUCUCUCACAGCUCGGCCAAAGGAACUGAAUCCUCCAAACUGGAACGAUCCAUCCGGCUUGACACACCCUAUGUUAGUACUUUGUCUAUAUUGCAGCAGUAUUUGUAUCCAUGUUCUUCCAGGCCAACUCUGUAUUUCUUGGAUGUAUCUUCUUGGGGGCCAAAUCUCUGCUUGGUUGAAACAUUCCCACCUUCACGCACACACACAAACCUCACAAGAAUCCACAGGAAUUCCCGCUGGGGUCUUCGGUCAUGCACAAACUAGGGGUUGUAAAUAAUGACACAAAAUGGUUUCCAUUCAGGAAAAAUGUAAAAGACAUCAUUGAAAUUUGAAGGAAAUUCAGAGCUCCACAUAAUCCAUGAAGGGUUAAUUGAGGUAAAUGAACUCUGGUCUGUUGAUUUUUCACCUUUUUAUCUUUUGGAUGUAAAAUUUUAGGUGUGGAGUUUCCCUAUUUAAGUUCGGAGCAUAUGUAUCAUAGACUGUUGUCGUGGCUGCUAACAGUUUACCUGUCAGAUGGCAGAACUCUUUCUGUGGAACGAGACAAUCAUUAGGGGAGAGAUGCCAGGACAUUUUUUGUAAACGAUAUGUGAUGACAUUAGCCUUGUCCAGAUAAACAUUUUGUCAUAAUAAAAUAUUGAUCUAAUCACUGUAGUAUCGACCAUGUACUAAUACUAUAUAUAAUUACUAUUGAUUUUAGACCGAUUCCACCUUUCUUUACAUUGACAAGCUCUAGCAUAGCAGUUAGCAUGACCUUUUAAAACCCCCUUUUUUUUUUUUUUUAGCACAAACUUGCCUUGUAUCCUCUUACGGUGUGUAGUGUAGCAUGUUUAGCUAUUUACUAUCAACUUUAGUUUAUUUGCUGCCAUGGAGGUGAGGAUUAGGUGGCAGCUAGCGAGCACGCUACGAUGCUCUGAGGACACCUUUGUUCACUUGUCGCUGUCAAAUAUGCAGAAUACAGCAGAAACGUGUCAUAAAAAUGCAUAAGAAUAUUACAAUCCCUAUUGUCAACCAAAUGUAUUCAAUUUCUAUUGUCUAUAUUGCGUAACCCUAACCUACAGUAUGUUAAAGCAGAAAGGCUCUCUAACUCAACAAUGUCUUGACAUCCCUCCCCCAAAGAUGAUCUCAUUCCACUGGAAAAGUCCCCUCUAAAUAGGCUCUUACAGUCUAUUGUUAUACAGGACCCGUCAUUCAGCAACAACCCUAUUGUGACCAGACUCGUGGCCGUAACUACCAUUUGCGUAAAGAAGCACGUCUGAUGUAAAAUACUGAAUGAAAAGGCAUUUCAAAUUUUACCCCAAACGUAUUCUUGGCCACAUGAUCCGUCACGGAUAAGAAAGAAUAUGGAAACCGACUUCGCCCUUGUACUUCUGCUUGCUCUCGUGGCGUGCAUCAUUAAUACUUGUGCUGCAAAUCUGAAGGUCUUGGGAUCACAUCCCUGUUGUAGUGAAACUGACUUACUAGGGUUUUUUUAAACUGAUGUUUUAAUGUUAAAUUUCUUUAAUACUUCAGCAUAUUGAUAAAAAAGUGAACAGUCACAAAAUGAUGCUGAUUGUCAAAGAUGUUAGAUAAUAUAAAAGCUGAUAGUUCUACCUAAAUGUGACUCAAAGCGCUUUACAUAGUGAAACCCAAUAUCUAAGUUACAUUUAAACCAGUGUGGGUGGUACUGGGAGCAGGUGGGUAAAGUGUCUUGCCCAAGGACACAACGGCAGUGACUAGGAUGGCGGAAGCGGGAAUCGAACCUGCAACCCUCAAAUUGCUGGCACGGCCGCUCUACCAACCGAGCUAUGCCGCCCCAUGAAAUUCAUUGCGUUGCUCAAGGUAAUACUAUGUAUAUGUUGUGAUACGCAUGAUUUCAGCCUCUCAAGGCUCCUCCUGGACCACCAAUUUUACACCUCGGUAUUUGUCAAAUCCUCCCGUAUUUUUCAAACUAUAAGUCGCUCCACAGUAUAAGUCGCACCUAACGAAAAUGCAUAAUAAAGAACCAAAAAAACAUAUAUAAGUCUCACUGGAGUAUAAGUCGCAAUUUUGGGGGAAAUUUAUUUGAUAAAACCCAACACCAAGAAUAGACAUUUGAAAGGCAAUUUAAAAUAAAUAAAGAAUAGAAUAAGUGUACGUUAUAUGAGGCAUAAAUAACCAACUGAGAAGGUGCCUGGUAUGUUAACGUAACAUAUUAUGAUAAGAGUCAUUCAAAUAACUAUAACAUAUACAACAUGCUUUACGUUUACCAAACAAUCUGUCACUCCCAAUCACUAAAUCUGAUGAAAUCUUAUACGUCUAGUCUCUUACAUUAAUGAGCAAAAUAAUAUUUGAUAUUUUACGGUAAUGUGUUAAUUUCACACAUAAGUCGCUCCUGAGUAUAAGUCAAACAAAGAAAAAAAAACUGUGACUUAAGUCCAAAAAAUAUGGUAGUUACGGCCCUGUCCAAACCUACAAUUGGAACUGGAGGCCCUUUUAGGAUAAACGGUGAAACAUUUUCCACAAACAAAAAUAAUCCAGUUGCUUUAAAUGAAAUGUUGCAGCUUUAAUGCAUGUCACCACUCUACUACUCCUUUAGGAAAUGACAAAAGCAGUCCUAUAUUUACUAUUUUUCUGUCACUUACCGUUCUGUUUUAACCGUCAGUCACAGGAAAUCACAAACUGAAGUUUGGUUAAAGCAACAAAUUGUCAAAAAUACAACAAAAAGAGCUUAGGUGGUGCUGGUGAAUAAUAUUAACAAUAAAAGACUAGCAUUUCUUGUGACUGUAGUUCUGGAUCCCGUUUCCCAGGAGUGUACUUUUUCCAGCCAGAGAUGCAUGUAGAAGUAUUGAAGGAUGUGGGCUGCCACUUAUGGAUAUUCUUCCCUGAGCUAAACCAAUCCAGUAGCAUUGUAGUAUAGUUACUAAUGUAAUAUAAAAUUGAUAUGUUAUUAGAUGUUUACAAUGUGCCAAUAAAACAAGCUGGGGGCUAAAAAAAUGGCCUUUCGGUGUCACUUUGGAUACCCAGGCCUAGCUGAAAGUAUUCCUGGACCAGCCCGGACAGGUCAAAGGUCAACACAUACUUUAUGUUUAAAAGCAGUGGCACUUGUUUAUCGCCGCUAAUUGGUUCCAGCAUAUCUGCAAUAAAUACAUUUAUGUAAAGUAGGAAUCAUUAAUUAUAGGCACAAUAUUUUCAUACAACAAACAUUUUACAACCUUCGAAAUACGUUUUUCAACAUUAUGAGAGCCCUCUAAACAAGAAAUAACAUUCUUUAGUCACCUUUACACUCGUUUAAUCCAAAUUACUAACACUGCUUGAGGUUGAGCCAAUCAGCAGCAACAAUAUUGAACAGUUUGGUUUGGUCUCCUCCAAUAUUACUGAAAUAUUGAUGUUCUUGUGCUUGAAAAUGUUCAAUUUAGGACCACAAAAAAUGUAGAAUAAUCUUAAAUAACCCCCCCAAAAUAUAAAAAAAUAUAUAUUGUGCAAUGUGGCGUGUAUUUAAAAAGUGUUUGGGAAGCUCAUUUUUAUAUGAUUUACUACUUCCCUAAACAGUACAAAAUAAUAGAAGUUCCUACUGAAUAGAACAUUUGAAUACAAUGAAUAUUUUUAAUUUAUUCAAUAUUACGAAGAAAAUAACUAUCACAAACAUAAAAAAGUAAAGCUCUUUACGAGACAAAACUUGACUUUGAAGAAAAAAUUAUAAAAUUACAACUUAAUUUCGACUUUUAUUUUCGUAUUAAUAUUUAGAUGUUACUCAUCAAAUGACAAACUCAUACUCAUAAUUGGAGUAGUUUUCAUUGUGGCCGAAACCUAAUGCAGAACACAUAACAUCGGAACUAAGCACUUUCCGGCUUAGUUGUUUUUUCUGUUCCUAAUGCCGCUGCGGGAUUCUUGGAGGGAUUAACAUAAUAAUCAGAUAUUUGCACACAGUAUGCACAUACUGGACUGUCAAAGCUGGAGGGCUCACACCAAUCUGAUUAAAGUAGAAUUUCAUUUUUCAAACUAUUCAGUGUGGAUAAAUGGGAUUGUCAUGCCAAAUUUGGUAGGAAAUAUACAUUGACUUUUUACUUAGUGACUGAGUAGGUUUGUUUGACCAUGAUUAUUAUGUGCUUUGAAAUGAAGAGUGUGAAAGAUCCCUCAGUUCUGUUUUUUUAAUGUAAAAAAAAAAUAGUUUAAAUUAGAGCAGAAGAGUACCCUAUUUAUUUUUUCACAUAGCUUUAUUUAUUAAUACUGUAGUUUGAGUUGUUUUUUUCUUGAAGUUGCUGUACAUUUUAGACCAUUUACAUCCAUUUGCUAUACCAUUACCGCCUUAUUUAUUUUGCUGUUUCAAGCCCUGUAAAUAAGUGAAACUGUAACAUUUACCUAUUUUGAAAAAUAAAUGUGUAAAACAUGCAGACA